CUGUUAUCAUGACAAGGCGUUGACCUGGUUGAUAAUAUGAAGAUCAUAGUGUAAGUGGUUAUAGAAGAAUGAGGAUCGUUCUGUGUCUUCUUGUUCUUUGUUGCACAUUUGUAACUUGCAAUGGCGUUCGCUGUUUCGAAUGCAAAGACGUGCCAUAUCCACGUGAUUGUUCAAAUGCCGUAACUUGCGGUCGGCAUGAGCAAUGUUCAACAGAGCAGGUUGUUACUUCAAGUGGUAAUAUUGUAUAUAACACUGGGUGCUUGGCCACUGAUAGAUGUACGACGGCAAAUUCAUUGAUACUUGGUAAGAGAUCAGCAAACAUCCAAGAAAGGAACACUGGUGAUAUAUCGACAUGCAUUGAAUGUUGUUCUGGAGAAUUCUGCAAUAACAAAGGAUGCGGAACUGACACCGUGCCAGUAAAUCAAAGAGGACCAUAUUGCUUCAGUUGCGAUGCGCUAAUCGAUCCGAAAGCUUGCAGCAAAGUAUCUGUUUGUGCUGUAAAUGAGUGUUUGAAUGUACAGUGUAAUACUAACUGUUUUAGUCUAUUGAAGAAUUAA